UCCUUCCCGUCCACUCACAGCUGUCAAGUGAUUCAGCUCCCCGGUAAUUGUCGUUUGUAUUCUCUUUGGUGUCCAAGUAUUUGACCUACCGGUAAUGUAUCAGACUGGUAUCGAUCACAUUUAGCUAUCCAGUCAAGCCCUGUCUGUUUGCUCACCCGUUGAAGAGCCGCAGGGACCGUUGUGCCUACUUUGGGUUGCAAUACAAGCCUCUUUGCAAUACUAUAUACGGGGACAGACUCCCAUUUCGAUCAAUUUCAAUUCCGACCGGUCAAAUAUUCCGAUAAUAAACUGGACCACGUCACCUGCGAUUACACCACUAGUUCUAGGCAGCGUUACCACUUCUCACCUAUAGGAAGCUCCUCUUUUCCGAAAGACGGACCAGGCAGCCCCGAUUUGACCAAGGUACUCUACCUACCUCACUCAGCUGGGUAGGUAGUUUUAUAUGGGAUCGCCAUUCCCUGCACAACAGCGCUCAGCCACCGCAGCUGCCUGUCAAUCAACUCGUCACCUAGGACUGACCUCAAAUUCUUUCAACCGGUAGCAACUUUGCCAGACAGGACUUGCCCGGAUUUUGGUUGAGAUCGCAUUCGAGACAUUUGAUUAUACAUGAUAUAUUCAUCAGAAAAUCGUCCAGCAGCUCUUCUUGAUAUUUCUGGUCUUCACGCUAUUCUCUCAAUAUCAUCCGCUGCCUCAUUGGCGUACCUUCUGUUCUUGACCAGGCAAGUCAGCCAGCCGCUGUCUCCGCCAUGAGUGACGCCGUCGCAACCCUCAUUGGCCUUCAGGCUGCUACCGGCGGUACAACCAUUCAGGACAUACUUAAUCGGACUGCGCCGGGGCUCAGCUUCAUACCGUCUUUUCUUCGAAGAUGGCUUCAGAUCGACAUUAGCGCCAUAAUAGGGUUGCUCUCGCUAAUCGGUGCCAUGUCGAGCGGCUUCCACUUCCUGAACCACAUCGGCCUCAAGCUAUACUGGACUUUGACUCGAUUCUGCACCGCCUCCGUUGCCGUCGCCGCCAGCGAUCGUCUCAAUCGCGAGGUCCUCAGCUGGAUCUCAUCCACAGUCCUUAUGCGUCAAGGCACCCGCGUCCUGGCCGCCCGCAGCGAGAUGGUGGACGAUGAGCGCUACUACUACCAGCGCCCAAAGACAAUUCGCGACGACUGCGCCAACGAGACGCGCCGGCCCGUUGAGUAUAUGCCCACCUUUGGCACCACGUGGUUCUGGCAUCGCAAACGCCUGUUCAUAGUUCGCUGCGUUAGAACCCACAACCACCGUGGCGGCGCUUUCAGCCGCGAUAGUCCAGAAGAGUUCUUCGACGCGCCAACUGGUGAAGAGCCCCUUGUCGUCAUGUGUUUUGGCCGUUCCGUAGCCCCCAUCAAGCAGUUCCUCAAUGACUGCCGGGACUGGGGCGAGGCGCAGCGUGCACGCUACGUGACCGUCCGUACCUGCAAGAAGAGCUAUAAUGGGGCACAUUGGGAUUCGACGAUCCUGCGCCCGACGCGACCAAUUCAGACGGUGCAUUUUGACGAACAAGUAAAGAAGGAUCUGAUCGCCGACAUCAUCAACUAUCUCGAUCCGCACACGCGGGACUUUUACCAUCAGCGAGGCAUCCCCUACCGCCGCGGCUACCUACUGCACGGCCCACCCGGCACCGGCAAGACUUCGCUCAGCCUGGCGCUCGCAAGCAUGUUCAAGCUAGAGCUGUACCUCCUACAUGUGCCUAGCCUCGCCAACGACGGCGAGCUAGAGUCCAUGUUUGACGAGCUGCCGCCAAGAUGCAUCAUUCUUCUUGAGGACAUUGAUGCCGUAGGGAUACCCCGACGGAAUGAGCUCGCGGCGCGAAUGACUGGCCUUGACGACAAGGACGAUGAUGAAGACGACGAGGACGAGGAAAACGGCUCUGGGAGGGGCAGAAGCACUCUCUCGGGCUUGCUAAACGUUCUCGACGGUGUUGCCAGCCAGGAGGGCCGCAUCGUCUUUAUGACGUCCAAUUUGGCCGACAAGCUCGACCCGGCGCUUGUCCGCCCCGGGCGCAUCGAUCGAAAAAUAUUCCUUGGUAACAUCAACCAAGAGUCAGCGAGGCUAAUGUUCCUCCGCAUGUAUGCUGAGUCUGAUGAUUCACAAUUCGCUGACCUUGGACCCGCUGCGGAAAUGGAAAUGUCAGAACUGUCCGGACAGACCACUCCUGCAAUCAUCAGUCCUGGACCACCAACAAGCCUUGAUGAGAAGGUAAACACAGUUGAACUCGAGAAGGUUGCCGCGGAAUUUGCUUCGCACAUACCCGACGAUGCGGUGACCCCGGCUCUUAUCCAGGGAUUCCUGCUUUCACAUCGCUCAGACCCGCUCGCAGCACGGGAUGGCAUCCAGGACUUUAUCAAAGACGAGAUGUUGAAAUUGGAAGAAGCCCGUGAGAAGGCACUGCGAGCACGUGAAACUAAAGCACGCAAGCGCAAGUCUAAGGCGCUCGCACAGCUGGGUGCUCUGGCAACCCUGACGGCAAAGACUCGGGCUGCUGUGAGCACCGAUAGCGAAGAGCCGGUGGGGAAUGCAACGGUUGAGGCGCUGGCGAAAACUGCAACUAGUGGUGCUGCGGGCGGAUUGGGUAGCCCAUCUGAUUCUAAGGCCGCCCCCGGAGCGACAGAGGGAGCUGAGGCCAUCAAGAAUGACGGAAGCCAUACAAAUCACACGGAAGGUGCAGGUAAAGAUACUCCCAGUGGCAAACAGAGCAAAGCCGGUGAGGACGGGAGUAUAGGAAAUGGCACAACUGAGGUCGGAGUUUGAUCAAUCAUCGGAGACAUAGACGACUGCAGGUAGCGGUCGUCAUGUGGAUGUUGACAGGUCUGUUCAAGCCGGGGGCGACGUCGAAAGGCCAGAAGGUCGCUCAUAGUACCAUUGAGAGGGCAUUUUGCAAAUGCAGGCCGAUGUUAGCCCAGCGGUCUCACCGGUUAUCAGUCUGCGAGCAAGUCUUCUGCUAGCAGGACUGGAAUAACUCUGAGCGUGAUUUGAUGAGACAUAAUAUAUUGCGGUUUGUAAACUCAUGGCCUGCUUGUCUCAUUGUCGAUUUGUUAAGCUAUUCUCAUUUUACCCUCUCGGAUCACUGGCAUUUUGUGCUGACAAUGAUAUAUCGAUCGAGCAUGCAUCGUUACUAUAUAUACAAGGUGCGUGACGGAUAUAUGUAAGAUGUGUGUUAUGCGGCAUGCGUCACAUCCGCGGGUAUUAUGGCGUGACAAGAAGGAUGAGGGGAAGUAGUAUCCAACAUACCUGCGGGACCCCGCCCUGAAUCAGACCCAAACCCGAAAUAGCAUGUUCUUAUAGUCUGACUG